AUGAUAGAAACAGUACAUAGGCAACCAUGGCACAGCUAUAUAACAGUGGAGCCAGUCAUGUUCUUCUAUAUGAUGGCUUAUAUGAUUACAAAUGUUAUUGAGCAGACUUUCUAUGUAUUCCGAGCCUGCACCGUCAAUCACGGGUACAGUGAAGAAAUAUGCUAUAAUAUAUCUAGUUAUGAUGAUAUUAAUAAUGAGGUUCAGGUGACGGUGUCAACAUUCCACCAAUGGAACGGUAUAGCAAGUCAUAUCGUUCCGUUGUUACUGGCGUUUUUCUUAGGAUCCUACAGCGACAAGAGAGGACGAAAAAUACUUUUGCUUGGCGGCUUAGUGGGUAAAUUGUACUUUUCCCUAAUGAUCACUCUUAAUACUAUGAAGGCGUGGCCGUUGGAAUACGUAAUAUACACCGCUGCGUUUCCUAGCGCUCUUACUGGCGCCGAUCUAGCGAUAUUUGCUGGAUGUUUCGCAUACAUCGCCGACGUGUCUUCAAUCAAGAACCGAACACUGAGAGUUGGGAUACUGGACGUCGUGUAUCUAAGCACUAUGCCCACUGGAGUCGCGCUAGGUAACCUACUCUACAACAAAGUAGUGAACAGAUCGUUCACAGCCAUGUUCGGUAUCAACUCAUGCUUAAUGCUGAUGGCCACUCUACACUGCCUAUUGUUUCUCGAGUGGCAGACAAGACCAGAACAACAGUCUUUGAGACAAGCAGGCAUCCGGAAUCCGAUAACGGAUUUCUUCGACUUCGACAACAUCAAGCAAACUUUAAUCACGUUGACGAAGAGAAGACCCCAGAAUAGAAGAAUGUUCCUAUGGUUUCUUCUGAUUUCCAUGGCGUUUUAUACAUUCCAGAGAGAUGAAAGGCCAGUAAUGUACUUAUACACAUCGAAGGUGUUCAAAUGGGAUUCCAGUGACUUCAGCCACUUCAGGACCUACUUGAGUACGGCCUACGUCGUUGUUAUGCUCUUCGGUAUUCCACUAACAACUAGAGUACUCGGAUUGAAAGAUACGUUGAUCGUGAUGAUGGGUGCGUCUGCGCACAUGUGCGGUCACAUGAUAUAUGCGCAUGCCCAUACAAACACAGCUAUGUAUGUAGGGGCGACGGCGGCAGCUCUCGGGCCUUGCGUCGCUCCACUCAUACGAUCUAUGGCAUCGAAAGUUCUCGAACCGGCUGAAAGAGGCGUGGCGUUUGCUUUCUUAUCGGUAAUGGAGAAUGCAGUGGCAAUGUUCGCUUCGGUGAUAUACUCUCAGCUGUACAAGGCGACGCUCGACACAAGUUUCAUAAACGCUAUAUUUUACCUUACCUUCGGCACGCAGGCCAUUGUAUUCCUUCUGGCUAUGUUUAUGGAAAUUAUGUUGAAGGGACGAAGGCUGGAAACACAAGAUAAACAAAUUAUACCCGAAAAUUGAAAAUAAAAGUUUGUUCCUAUAUGCAAUAAAUCUAUGUUGAUCAAAUAUUAUUGUACUAUUUAUAAGUAUUGAAUUAAGAUUUUGUUGUGAUUAAGAUGCCUUAAAAUGUAACUAAUAUUAAUUUUUAUUGAUUGUAAAUGUAACAAUACCAUAUGUAUUUUAUUGACAUUGUUACUGUACUAAGAAUAUUGACAGAUAAGGUCUAAAAUAAAAUCAAAUCACUAAAAUAAAGUGUUAUUACGAAUUUAAAUUAUUUGAGAUUUCUUAAAAAAAUGUUAGAUUGUAACAUAAUCAACAUUUUAAAGCAUAUAUAUAUAAUAAUUACAUUCUUGGAUCAGUUAUAAAUUAUUUAUGUUUUUUCUACAUUUACUUCUACUAUUACCAUGUACUUCGGUUUAGCUAUGAGAUAAUUUGCAAUUUAUCCAUCCCUACUAUGUUACUGAAUUCGUUUAUAAGUAUAUAUAGUAUUAGUAAUACGUGAAUUUCACCUGCAUUGUUUUUUUUUUUUUUAAAUAUAAAUGGUCAGCUCUA